UCGUGCGUCUGCGUACAAUUGACAGCAGUCAUGAAUUUAUUGAAAUUUCUUUAGAAUUUUCUAGCUGAGAAUACGUGCAUAAAUACUGAAUAUUUGAGGUGAUGAAGUGAUGAGACAAUGGCGCUUUGGAGGCAAAUGGAAAUUAUAAAAGUGUUAUAAAGCAAAAUUAUGCAAUUCGUGUAGAAAUGAAGUGGAUAUUUUUAAUCAACACAAAAUUGCAGUUUAAUUGAUCAGCAAUUAACCGAAGAUUAUUGUGAAAUUUGUGCAGAUUUUUGGAAAAAUUGUGUUGCAAAAACGAUUUGGAAAAAUGGUGCAUUCUGUUGAUGUGUCUACAAUUGCUGGAACCAGUGAUAUGGACCAAACAAAACGCACAAAGCCUUCCACGCUGCGCCGCACAUUGAACGCGCUGCGGCAACGUUUAACACGACGCAGUCGCUCUAAACCGCCCGAUUGGUUUCUCGAGAAAUUUUCCAAUACCAAUAAUGUCGAUAAAAUUGGCAAGACCACAGCCAGCACAAUAACAGCUGCCGCAGCGGCUAGUGAAGAGGGCGCUGCCAACGGCCCAACUGCGACAAACACUCCACCUGCCGAUGAAGGUCUUUCCAGCGAAAUACGCGGCACCAGUCGGCUGUGUAAUCGGCUUUCGGUGAAUCCAACACUGCAGUCGCAUUAUAGGUGGCUAGGCAUCGUAUCUUUAGCUGUACUGUAUAAUAUUAUAUUCGUUGUGGGGCGUUCCGUUUUUUGGGAGAUCAAUCAACGUGCCCCAACCGCAUGGUACUUUCUAGACUACCUUUGUGAUCUUAUAUAUCUAGUGGAUACGCUGGUGCAUAUGCAUGAGGGCUACUUGGAUCAGGGUCUGCUGGUGCGUGAUGCCUACAAGCUGCGGCGCCACUACUUCCAUGCCAAAGGUUGGUCCAUCGAUGUGUUGUCGAUGUUACCCACCGAUAUCGCCUAUAUCUGGUGGUCGCCAAAUUCAUGUAGUGCCAAAAUGCUGCCCUGCCCCGUGAUAGUGCGGCUAAAUCGUUUGUUGCGUGCGCCGCGUCUGUGGGAGUGGUUCGAUCGUACGGAGACGGCUACUGGUUAUCCGAAUGCUUUUCGCAUUUGCAAAGUGGUGCUCGCUAUUCUGGUGCUGAUUCAUUGGAAUGCUUGCAUGUACUUUGCGAUUAGUUAUGCCUUAGGUUUCGGCACGGACAAUUGGGUGUACAAUCUGAACGGUUCACGGAACAGUACAUUACAAAGGCAGUACAUUUAUAGCUUUUAUUGGUCUACAUUGACCUUAACGACGAUCGGUGAGACACCAACGCCCGAAAACGAUGCGGAAUACUUGUUCGUGGUGGCGGACUUUUUGGCUGGUGUGCUGAUAUUCGCUACUAUAGUGGGCAACAUCGGUUCCAUGAUUUCGAACAUGAAUGUGGCACGCGUCGAGUUUCAAAAUCGCAUGGACGGCGUCAAACAGUAUAUGGCUUUCCGCAAAGUUGGUCACGAGUUGGAGGCGCGUGUGAUACGUUGGUUUGCCUACACUUGGUCGCAGAGUGGAGCGCUGGAUGAAGAACGCGUACUAGCCGCACUGCCGGACAAAUUGAAAGCGGAAAUCGCCAUACAAGUGCACAUGGACACACUGAAACAGGUGCGCAUCUUCCACGACUGUGAACCCGGACUGCUGGAGGCACUAGUGCUGAAACUCAAACUGCAAGUGUUCAGUCCGGGUGAUUAUAUUUGCCGGAAAGGCGAUGUUGGCAAAGAGAUGUACAUAGUGAAACGCGGCAAAUUGUCGGUGGUGGCAGACGAUGGCGUCACUGUAUUUGCAACACUCGGCGCCGGCUCAGUGUUUGGCGAAGUGUCGGUGCUGGAGAUAGCGGGGAAUCGCACAGGCAAUCGACGUACGGCCAAUGUGCGUUCACUAGGCUACUCGGAUCUCUUCUGUCUGGCGAAGCGUGAUUUGUGGGAGACGCUGGCCGAUUAUCCGGAAGCGCGCGCCACACUCACAGAACGUGGCUGCCAGUUGCUACGCAAAGAUGGACUAUUGGACGAAAGUGUUUUUGCGGAUUCUCAACGCGCACACGACAGCAUUGAAAGUGGCAUUGAGAAAUUGGAGAUGUCGGUGGAGAACUUAAAUGUGCGGUUAGCGCGUUUGCUCGCCGAGUACACAGCAAGCCAGGCAAAACUUAAGCAGCGGCUGGCGAAACUGGAAUCAAACUAUCAAUUAACAGCCAACUCCAAUGCGGGCAUUAGCGCGACCGAACCUCAAACACGUCCGCGCAGCGGGCGACUCUACUCGCUGCAACCGAAAAAGCGAACACGGCAAAAACGUUUGAUGGCAUCUACCCAGUCCAACGACAGUAAACAGAAUACAUUGUAAAUGUAUUGAUGCGAUGCCGUGUGUGGUGAUGCAAAGCAGGCGUGUAGCGUUUCCGUGCCAAAAGCAAAACCAAAGCCAGCCAAUGCCAACGUGAAAGCGAACAACAACGGGCAACAAAGAAUAAACGAAUUUCAUUGCAAGCAGUUCGAUAAAAUAAGAGUUGGCAACAAAUACCAAUGACGCGCGCAGAAAGAAGGAAAGCGCGCAAAUGAAUCACUUUUUUCGCGCGCCUGUGGGGAGCUGCUUAGCCACCGUUUGCGGUACUUUGCGACUGCUGCCUGUGCUCUACUUACUUGACUGUGGCGAAUGUCGUAUUUCACCGUUGCUUUUGUGGUUUUUGCUGAAGUUGCUAAUUUUAAAAUUCGUCCUCUAAGCUAAGUGUGGUGAUUGGUUCACUAUUACACCGCCCUUCACCCCACUACAACUUUUUCUUCAGUCAACUUUUACGUGCCGAUGCGCUAGAUGCGAUACUAAAUGGUGAUAAAUGAAUUGAAAUUCACAAAGUUGAGAAAAUUGUAAGUUUACAGUAAAAUGAGAGUAGGAAGAUAACAAAUACAUUCAAAUGUAUGUAGCAUUUGCAUGUACGCAUACACAUACACAAACAAAUACAAAUACACAUGUAUAUACAUAUGUGUAUACAUAUUAUGUAUCAGAAUGUGAACAGCAUAAAAAAAAUCUAUUUCUACACACUCACAUAGCCACACUUGUUUCUACCCAGAUACAGGUAUAUUCCAAGCGCACACGACCACAGUUACAUUUGCAGGUGUGUGUUGGUGUAUGCAUUUAUUAAAGAUUUAAAUUGGAUUACGUUUAAAGUGAAUGAAGUAAUUUAAAUGAUAAACUGCGAAAAAGCGCUAGCAUUUUCAAGACGAGUAUUAUGAUUUUUAUCCUCAUAUACAUAUAAAUAUAUACAGACACGCUAUUGAUAUGUGUACAUCUGUUUGUAAUAGUAAAUAAUUAAUGAAAUCACAACACCAUAAGUGUGAACAUUUAAGAAAUUAAAUUAAAUAAUAACGUACAUAUGUAUGUAUGUGUGCGAAUCGCAUCCGCAGAUCAAUAAGGCCGUAAUUCCAAAAUAAAGUUUUUUUGUUAUUUUUUUUCAGUAAGAGCGAAACAAAUUUAAUAUCUCUGAACAAAAUCAGAUGUUAGGUUUUGUUUUAUAUUACCAUUUUGCAGCUUUAUUACUAGCCAGCUGAUGGACUUCUUUACUGCGUGGUUUACAAUAUUAAAAAUAGCUUUAUUUACAAAUUUUCUUAACCUCCUUCUUCAGCUUAAUUCUCGUGGAAGCCUUAAAGGAACUAAAAUGUGUAUGCAAUAAAAUACGAGAGCGAUAAAUAAGUGCCCGUGUUAGAAAUGAAGACACCAUUUUUCAAACAUUUGUUCUUUAUUUUUCAACAUAGUCCCCUUGUAGAAAGAUACACUUCUCCCAACGCUCCGGCCAUAUUUUAACCCCUCCAAAAAUUGGGACUUGUCGAUCACUCCAAAAACGUCUCUGUCGCGGCGAUGACUUUCUCGUUUGAACUGAAUUUUUUUGCCGUGAGCCAGUUCUUCAUGUUAGGGAACAAGAAAAAGUCAUCGCUACGACCUUUCCGGCUGAUAGAGCAGGUUCACCGGGAGAAAUCUAUUGUUUUGAUUGUUGCUAAGUUUCUGGUGUACAAUGAAGAAUCUAGGUUGUAUCAACGGUGACCACGCGAUGCAAAAAUUUCUUCAGAUCUCGCUUAAAUUGCUUCAAACACUGCUUCGAAGUUAAAAUCCGCAUCCGCUUGUUGUUGCGUGUGAGCAAUCACGGCACCCAUUGGGGCGACAAUUUUUUCAUCGCCAACUUAUCAUGUAAAAAUUUAAUUGAGAAUUAUGAUUUAUUCAAAAAGAUGGAUCAAAGAGCCUGUAUCAAAUUUGGACCAAAGCAGCGGCUAUCGGUGGUACAAAAUGUUCUCAGAAGGCCGAGAAGAUGUGAACGACGAAAAGCGUGCCGGACGCCCGAGCACUUCAAAAACAGACGAAAAAAUUGAUGAAGUGAAGAAAAUGAUUAAAAAAGUUGCUGAGGCCCUAGACAUAUCGGUUGACUCGUGCCAUUCGAUUUUUUUUCAAUGAUUUGGGCAUGAGACGGGUCGCCGCAAAAUUCGCACCAAAACUGCUCAAUUUCGGCCAAAAGCAGCAUCGCAUGAACAUUGCUAAUGAGAUGUUGGACUCCAUCCGUGACGACCCAAAUUUGCUCCAGGGGGUCAUAACUGGUGACGAAUCGUGGGUUUAUGGUUAUGACGUUGAAAUCAAAGCUCAAUCAUCUCAAUGGAAGCUGUCGCACGAACCAAGACCGAAAAAAGCGCGCCUAAUUCGGUCGAAUGUAAAAGCUUUGCUUACCGUUUUCUUCGAUUGCAGGGGCAUUGUGCAUCAUGAGUUCUUCCAUAGGGUAAAACGCUCAAUAAGAAAUAUUACCUGCAAGUUAUGCGCAAUUUGCGCAAAGCGAUCCGCCAGAAACGCCCGAAUUUGUGGAAGAACAAUAAUUGGCUCUUGCAUCACGAUAACGCACCUGCUCACACGUCGUUGGUUGUGCGCGACUUUUUGGCCAAAAACAACACACUAAUGAUGCCACAGCCACCGUAUUCCCCAGAUCUGGCCCCCUGUGACUUUUUCUUCUUCCCGAAACUGAAGCGGCCCAUGAAAGGACGACGCUACGCUACGAUUGCCGAGAUAAAGACGGCAUCGAAGGAGGAGCUCAACAAGAUACAAAAAAUGAUUUUUGAAGUGUUUCGAAGAUGGGAAAAAAAGUUGGCACAAGUGCAUAAUAUCGCAUGAGGAUUACUUUGAAAGGGACAAAAUAGGUAAUAAUGAAUGAAUAAAUAAUUUUUGAAAAAACACAAAACACAAGAUACUGAAAAAAUUAUUUCGUAUUGUAAAAUCGGAGAAAAUUAUCUAUUUAUGAACAUCCACAAGUUCAAAAUGACAAAAAGAUAUUGUCGAUACGAAAAACUAAUUCAAAAAAACCCCUUUUUUAAUUAUUACUAUUCUUUCAAAGUCCACAUAUCAGGAAAUAAUCAACGUUUAAAACCAACUACCUUCAUUGCUAGUAGAGAUAUAACUAACCAAAUUAUGCGCGGACUCCAAAGCGUCACAUUUUUCAAUGUUCGCUUGGUGUGAAAUAAACCAAAUUUCACAAUAAAAAUCAUUGAAAAAUGUUAAACAAAGAAAAACGUUUUUUUUAUUUCUCUAGAAAUAAUGCUCGACGUUUUUCCAUCUGUAGCUACAAUAUGCACAGGGUGCUCCAUCUUUUAUGUCGGUAUAUAAACGCUGAAGAACUUUGUCAUUUACCAACCGAUCGACUUCAGCAUACAUUUUUUCGAUACGUCAAUUCAGUACAAUUUCAAUCAUGGAUCGCUUUACACCGAAACAACCGAAAUCGACGCUAUAAAACCAUAAAUGCUUGACAGAGUGAUGACAAACGCAGAAAAAAGAUAGCAGGUUGUGGUUGCUUAUAAAGGUGGCCACUUGAUUGAUAUAAAUUGAUAUAAAAUAAAUAAAAAUAAAUAAGCAAACCAAAUAAAAAUACCUUUCUUAUACAAAUCAGCGGUUUUGUUUUUCAAAGUUAUUCAAUAUUUUCAUACUGACAUAAAAGAUGGCGCACUCUGUAUUGUAUAUAUAAGUAGACUUCUUAGGUUUGCGAUAAGAGAGCAAGUGGCACCGCACGAAAAACUGCUUGUCCUUAGAUCGACACCAACGGCAGCAAUGUAGGGCCGCCGAAUCUGCACCAGAUACUACUUUUUUCUCACUGCCGCGCCAGCGUGAGUAUACAACUAUAUAAAUAUUUAGACAAUUUCUUGUAAAUAUAUUUCAUAUCAUGAAACUAAAAUACAUUCUGAAUAUGAAACAAAUCGGUCCAUAAAUAUUUCGUCUUGUAGCCUACAUAUGUUGGGAGCAGAUAUAUAAGAAAUAUAAAGAAUAAUUUUUCGAUUGAGAUCUAAACGUACCAUUUUUGAUACAUUGAUUAAAAAGAAAAACUGCUAUAAUUUUUUCAUUUAUGUAGACAUAAAAAUGCUAGUAAGCUGCAGGAAACUUUGUUUAAAGGAAUUAUCAAUUGAUGAGUAAAUUUAUGCUUCUUGCAAUAUAAAAGUUAUGAAAAUUGCAUGAGUUAUGAACUAUCAGUUAAAUACGGAAAUUUAUUUUUCUUUACAAUUCAAUAUUUUCCCAAGUAGUAUCGCAGUUGCUCGAUUAUAAAGAGUAACUAAUAAAAAGUCAGAGUCAAAUUUUCUAUACACGACAAAGGAUGAAUCCAACCUACUUAUCGCGAUUAUGUGAACUUUAAUAUUAUUCCGACUUGCUCUCAGGUUGCUAAACAGCAAAUCUAAAUGAAGCUUUGUAUUAAAACCAACAAUAACAAAUUAUUAAUCCUUUACAAAAAACCAACAUUUUCCACCCAGUUGAAUUCACCGAAAUUUUUAAGCAGCGCUGCAACUUUUUUAUGCCUCAUCACCAGUUUCUACUUCCGCACAGGAUCAUAGUGAUGAACCCGAAAUACGCCCUAAGCAACAAUCAAAAAGUCGCGCGCCCACUCUAUGCACUAUUUCUUCUUCUUCGAUGCUCAUUCUCGUCAUUACUCUUGUAUUGGUCUUAGACAUAAGAAUAUAGUCAUGGGGAAUUGUCGUCCUCUCUCGAGUUAUGAUCUCAUUGCUUUGGGGAUGUGAUAGUAUGUGCACAUAUAUAUUACAUACAUACUACAUACAAAUCUAGGUUAAGCAGAAAUUUAAGAUACAUUUAAGUAAGAAAAAAACUUCAUGUGCCUCAAAGAAAAACAAAAUGUAUUUAAAAAGGAAAUAAUGAAUACUAUUAACUAUACGUCUUUCGAAAACGAAAUACAAUUUUAUUAAUGUAUAGAUAUGAAUUUAAUAAAUAUAUAAUAUAAUUAAGACUUAAAUUAAAAAGUGAAACGAAAUACAAAAUAAAACUCUUAAUUUUUAAAAUAUUUCUAUUUAGUAGCUUACGGUCUUUUUUGUUCAGCAUAAAGUUAGCGGACGAUUUUAAAUAAACUUCCUUCAUAACUGCAUUGUAGGGACGCUAAAAUGACACAUAAAAACGGCGACAUACUCAAACUUAAUUUUGGGUCGUAGAAUACGAACCUGUAUUCUAUUUUUCUGGAUCAAGUAAUUUUCUCCAAACAGUUCGAUUCUAAGUUUAUAUUGCCUCGCAAGCAGUUUAACGAUAAUUUUUGACUGAAAAAAGUUAGAGUCUAUUCAGGAAUUAUGAUUUUUUAAAACUCAAAGCUAUCACAUAUUAAAGGUUUGCCCCUUUUUAAUGGAGUAAAAUUAAUUUCUUUUUAAUUUUGGACUCUUCACUGACUUAUUUCUACCAAAUUUGUGUGCUUAAAUUUUUUGCAU